AGAAUGCAAAGAAACAUGACGUUUUCAAGUGAUAUCCUUGAGAUCCAAGGUUUCGACAUAGCUCCACAGUACACAUAUCCUCUGUUUUUCUUGCUGCUGUUUGUUUACUUUUCCCUGCUUUUUUCCAACAUUGGAGUUCUUGUGCUCAUCAUCACUGAGAAGAGCUUGCACCAGCCAAUGUACAUUCUCUUUUGUAACCUGUCUGUCAAUGAUCUGAUAGGUAACACAGUCCUAUUGCCUCAGCUGAUGGCUCACAUUGUUUCAACUGAACGUUUUAUCACCUACAACCAGUGCGUGGUUCAAGCCUUUCACAGCCACACGUUCGGUUCAGCUUCACACAUGAUUCUCAUCAUCAUGGCAAUUGACAGAUAUGUGGCCAUAUGUCACCCUUUAAGGUACAGCUCAAUUAUGACUACCAAAACUGUGAUCGGGCUUUCAGCAACUGCAUGGGGGGUGUCAUUAGUGCUCGUGUCUGUCUUGAUAGGUCUCACAGUGAGGCUGUCCCGUUGUAGGUCGGUUAUACAAAAUGCUUACUGUGACAACGCAUCACUGUUCAAGCUUUCUUGUGAGGAUGUUUCCAUUAACAAUAUCUACGGACUCUUUUUCACUGUGCUGCUGUUUAGUUGUUCAAUGGGAGGCAUAGCUAUCACCUACUUCAGAAUAGCUCUGAUCUGCUGGAUCAAGAAAAACAAGGAGUUGAAUAACAGAGCACUGCAAACCUGUGCGAGCCACCUUGUUCUUUAUCUUAUUAUGCUCUGGUCAGGAUUUUUAACAAUCAUAUUGCAUCGUUUCCCAAACUACCCAGAUUUAAGGAAGAUUGCGUAUGUUUUAUUUCAUGUUGUCCCUGCUAAUUUAAAUCCAAUCAUUUAUGGAAUGCAAACAAGAUCAUUACGAGAUAAAAUCAUCCAAAUGCUACAAAGAAAACUGAGUCCAACCUAA